AUGACACUCGACACGGUUCGGAGCUCCGUUCAAGCCGAGACUGGCAUCGACCCGAUAUCACAGCACCUCUACCACAACGGUCGUCUAAUUACAGACAGCUCAAAAACAAUGGAGCAGUUGCAGAUAGGCGAUGGCGAAAUGCUCGCGCUCCAUGUACGGUCGCCGAGAUCAAAUGCCGGUGCCGGCCCUUCCAAUCCCGGGAGACAACAACGCGAACAGCAGGGUUCUGCUGCACUAGAUCAUGAUCCAGAGGUUAUGAGACUUACCAUACUGGGAGACCCGGCCACUCGGGCGGUGGUCGAAGCCAGGAACCCCCAACUGGCAGCGGUGCUUGACGACCCAGUGGCCUUCCGGAACAUGAUAUCUGGUGACCGGGAUCGAGAACGAAGGGAGCGUGCGGAGCGACAGAGGGCGAUACAGGCCUUGAACGACGAUCCAUUCAACGUGGAAUCACAAGCCAAGAUCGAGGAAAUGAUCAGGCAGGAAUGUGUACAGGAGAACCUCCAGAUCUUCGGUCAAGUGCAUCUUCUAUACUGUAACGUCGAAGUCAAUGGCAACAAGGUCCAGGCCCUUGUGGAUUCAGGUGCGCAGGUGACUAUCAUGUCUCCGGCAUGUGCCGAGGCUUGCGGAAUCAUGAGGCUAGUGGACACACGAUUUUCAGGCAUUGCCCGUGGCGUAGGAACGGCCAACAUCAUCGGAAGAGUCCACACUGCCCCCAUCAAGAUUGGCAGCCUCCACCUACCCUGCAGUUUUACCGUCAUGGAAGGCAAGGCAGUCGACCUUUUGCUGGGCAUAGACAUGCUCAAGAGGUAUCAAGCUUGCAUUGAUCUCAUGAAGAAUAAGCUUGUUAUUCAGGGUCAAGAGAUCGAUUUCUUGGGUGAGGCCGACAUACCAAGGCAGUUGGAGGAACAAAUUCUUGAUGAACCUACCAUCAGCGGACCAGGUGGCACAACGAUUGGUGCGCGCUCGGGUGCAGUCAGGGCUCCAGCAGCAAUUGGUGCAUCAGCCGACGCAGCCGGUCCGACGUCGACCACCCCUGCACCAUCGGUCCCCGCACCUGCUCAAGCCUCAGCGCCGGCAUACCCUCAAGAGCACAUUGAUACCUUGAUGGGCUUGGGAUUUAGCCGAGAGAAAGCCAUUGAAGCGCUGAGAUCGACCGAUGGAAACCUGGAAUAUGCUGCGAACUACCUCUACCAGCAGCUGUAA